GUGGAUGGAGAUAUGUUUAGAAAUGCUAGUGUGGUCGUUUUGAUCCAAAACGCCGUUUUAAAACUAAAAUGCACUAGUGUAAACGAGGCCUCAGACUCAGCCAAAUGAACGUCACUGAGGUCUUUCCCUGUGUGUUUGUUUUGCUAGAGUUGACCCCGGAGGAGAAGGCCCAGCGGGUGGCGAAGGCGAUCCGCAAGCAGACGGCGGAGGUGUGUGAGCGCUGGGACCGGCUCACGGGACACGCGGGGACCUGGCAGGAGCAGGUAGAGCGGGCGCUAGACAAACUGCAGGACCUCCAGAGCUCCAUGGACCAGCUGGACCUGCGUCUGGCCCAGGCCGAGGAGCUGAAGGCGGGAUGGCAGCCAGUGGGAGACCUGCUCAUAGACUCCCUACAGGACCACAUCGAUAAAACCACGGCGUUUCGGGAGGAAGUGUCUCCUCUGAAGAAGGAUGUUGGAGCUGUGAAUGAUCUGGCCGCUCAGCUUACCCCACUGGAUGUCCAGCUGUCCUCCACCACUAACCGUCAGCUGGACAACCUCAACAUGCGCUGGAAACUCCUGCAGGCGGCUGUAGAAGACAGGUUGAAGCUCUUGCGGGAAGCACACAGGGAUUUUGGACCUUCCUCUCAACAUUUCUUAUCCACUUCAGUGCAGUUGCCCUGGCAGAGAGCCGUGUCCCAGAAUAAAGUGCCCUACUACAUCAAGUAAGUGCUCUUCCACAUCUGUUUCCCUCUUUUUAUGGCUGCUUUUUCACUCCAGAGCCA